AUGCAACAGUCACUCAUGCAAUGUAUUCAAACUGCGGCUUUAAACAAGAUAAUCAUCCACCGGGACAUCAAACCCGAAAACGUCUUGGUGAGUCGUCUUGGAGUCGUUAAACUGUGUGACUUCGGCUUCGCUCGCCUCUUGGCCGGACCGGGCGAGUCGUGCACCGAUUACGUGGCUACUAGAUGGUACCGGGCGCCCGAGCUGCUGGUUGGGGAUACCAAAUAUGGGAGAGAGGUCGACGUGUGGGCGUCGGGCUGCCUCCUGUCCGAGAUGCUGACGGGGGAGCCUCUGUUUCCCGGCGAGAGUGACAUCGAUCAGCUUUUCCACAUCAUACAGACGCUGGGUGAUUUAAUGCCUGUGGGCACUCUAGGCGAGCUGAGCACCCCGCAUCGCCAGCUGGUGGAGCGGAACCCGAUGCUGGCCGGCCUCCGCCUCCCCGCCGCCGCCUCCACGCCCCUCUCGGCCUCCUUCCCCAACUGGUCCUCUCGCGCCCACGCCUUCGUCUCCGCCUGCCUCUGCCUCGAGCCCGUGUCACGCCCCUCGGCCCAGGAGCUUCUCAACCACGAGUUCUUCACCCACGACGGCUUCCCCGAGACCUUCCUGCCGGUGCUGAGGCAGAAGGUGCAGCAAGAGUUCAGCACCAACGUCCUCCUCGGGAUGACCGGCGGCGGGGGGAGAAGGGGCUCGAGCACGCCCGCCAGGAGGACCCAGGGGCGGAAGGUGACCGGGGGCGGCUCCCCUGAGAGUGUCUACGGGCGGAGCAUCGGGAGGGCGCCACAGCCUACCACCACUGCGACCACAACGACCGCGAGAGCAGACACCACGACCAUCCCCGCCAGAUCCUCACCCACCAAGCACACCCUCCAGACAACAGGCCCCCGCCCGACCGUGUCCUUCGCGACCCUCACGCCCUCGCACAGCAGAACAGGGGCGUCCAUACAGAGCCUCGGGGGCGUGACCACCUUCACCGCGGCGGGAGGAGGGGGCGUGGCUGACGAGGGGCUGAUGCUACCCAUGAGAGAACUGCACACUGCCAACUCCAACACGACCUCAAUAAACAACAACAAUAACACAAUCGCUCUCACUUUGCACAUCACGGGCACGACCAACACAGCGUCGCCUGCACGCACGACCAGAGCCAGCGACAAGUGCCGGAAGUCGCCCGUGAACAUCUGGGGCUCGAGUCUGAAGGCUCGAGGUCAGGGCCUGUGCAUCCAGGGCCAGGGCCAGACACCGGGCCAGAGCCAAGGCCAAGGCCACUGGGACGACGACGACCACUUCGGGGCCAUGAUCGCCGACGGGCCGCCCUCCUUCACCGCCGUCACCGCCAGCAGCCGCCACCUGGGGGGCGACCUCCCCCGCACGCCGGCCGAGCACGCCAGGGCCUCCGACAUGAGCCGCCAUCCCUACACCAUCAGCCUGGACCGGACCAAGGAACUCGUGGCCAGGGAUUCCCCGUCCUCCUUCAGGGACUUCACCAGAGAUCCCCUGAAGGAAAUCAAGGAUAACCCGCUCAGGGAUCCUCUGAGAGAUCCUUUGGGUUACAGAGACUCCCUCAGGAGACCUCGGCUGGAGGUGAUGGGCUGGGCCAAGCCGCGCCUGCUCAACGAUGACCUCUCGCUGCCCAACGUCCCGGGAGGUAAAGCUCGUCCUUGUGUUCAUUUCGUGUUCUGCUGA